AUGGGGAGCACGCCGGGCCCAGUUCAGAUCGUGACGGUGUGCAAGGAAGAUCACUCGUUCGCACUGGACGAAAAGGCGCUGGAGCGCGUCCUCCUGUCGCCAGUCGUGCGAGACAAGGACGUGGUGGUGCUUUCGGUGGCCGGUGCCUUCAGGAAGGGCAAGAGCUUCCUGCUUGACUUUAUGCUUCGCUACAUGUAUAGAAAGGGUGAUGAAAACUGGCUGGGCCGUGAUGACGAGCCGUUGACGGGAUUCUCUUGGCGAGGUGGCUCGGAGCCCGAGACCACUGGCAUCCAGAUCUGGAGCGAGGUCUUCCCCAUCCGGAAGAGUGAUGGAACCGAGGUAGCAGUAGUGCUGAUGGACACUCAAGGAGCAUUUGAUAACCAGUCCACAGUCAAAGACUGUGCAACCAUUUUCGCCCUGAGCACUAUGACCAGUUCCAUUCAGAUCUACAAUCUGUCUCAGAACAUCCAAGAAGACGACCUGCAGCAAUUACAGCUGUUCACAGAAUACGGCCGCCUGGCUUUGGAUGAGAUAUUCCUGAAACCCUUCCAGUCCUUGAUGUUCCUCAUCCGCGAUUGGAGCUUUCCUUAUGAGUACACAUAUGGCUUUAAAGGAGGCAACGAAUUCCUGGAUAAACGGUUACAGGUAAAGGAAGCCCAGCACGAGGAGCUGCAAACAGUCAGGGAGCACAUCCACUCGUGCUUCACCAACAUUUCCUGCUUCCUGCUGCCACACCCUGGUUUGAAAGUUGCAACCAGUCCUACUUUUGAGGGACAACUAAAUGCCGUGGCACCCGAGUUCAAAGAGCAGCUGAAGAUUUUGAUCCCCAAUCUGCUGCAUCCUGACAACCUGGCUGAGAAGGAGAUCAAUGGAAACAAAGUCACCUGCAGAGGCCUACUCGAGUAUUUCAAGGCUUACAUCAAGAUUUACCAAGGGGAAGAUUUACCUCAGCCUAAGAGUAUGCUCAUGGCCACAGCGGAGGCUAACAACUUAGCGGCCGUAGCGGGAAGUAAAGAUCAAUAUUACAGGAACAUGGAGAAGAUGUGCGGAGGAGACCUUCCCUACGUGUCACCUGAGUCGCUGGAAGAGAAGCACCGGUUUUACUUCAAGGAGGCUCUCUAUACCUUCUCCUCCACCAAGAAGAUGGGCGGCCAAGAGUUCUGCGACCGCUACCAAGCGCAACUGGAGAAGGAGCUGGAGGAGAUGUGGGAGUCGUUCAGUAAGCACAACGAGUCUAAGAAUCUGUUCAGCGCCUUCCGAACUCCAGCAGUGCUCUUCGUUCUGGUGUGCAUCCUCUAUAUUUUGUCGGGAAUCCUGCUCUUCGUUGGAUUGACCACCUUGGCCCUGGUGUGCGACUGCGUCCUGGGUCUGGUCAUGAUGGCCAUGCUGACGUGGGGCUUCAUUCGAUAUUCGGGCCGCUACCGCGACGUAGGCGGAGCCAUCGACCAGGCGGCGGGCGCUGUUCUGGAGCAGGCGACGGUGGCGCUGAACAAGUCGAGAGGGCAGAACCUGCCUAACGUGAAGAAAUCCAGCUAG